AUGGCUGCUGUCUACGACAAAGAGAGCUUCGUGAAGAAUCUCAAUGGAACGUCAGUUUUUGAGAUCAAUGCUAUCGUUUCCACUGCUCCAAUAUGCUGCUUGCUUCACUUUCUGUUCUGCCUCCUAUUCCCCAUUUGGUACAACAAUUUGAGCUGGAUGAAUUCCUUUAUCGUGGACAAUGCUUGGCUGAUUCUCCCAAAUCUUAUGACACUCACAGCAUUAGCAGAUCAUGUCUUCAUUUUCAAUGCAGCCCUUCUGCUUCUUUGUGCAGUUCUUGUGUUUUCAGUCAAAUCAGGUCAGGGCACAAGUUGUCCUUCUCAUCAAAGUACAGCAAAAAUCAUACUCGUAAAGAAGCAGUUUGUCUCAAAUUUCAGGUCGUUCAUGCUUGUUGCUACUGUGCUCUCUAUCUUAGCAGUUGAUUUCAAAAUAUUCCCCAGGCGUUACGCAAAAACUGAACUUUAUGGAACUGGGUUCAUGGAUAUUGGAGUUGGCUCGUUUAUAUUUAGCCAUGCAAUUGUUUCUCAGUUUGCAAAAGGAACUGUCACUUCCAAGAAUGAACACUGCACAAAGGACCUCUUUAAAAAUGCUCUAGGAUGCCUACCACUCUUCUUCUUGGGUGCAUUGAGGCUAAUAAUGGUCAAGUCUAGUGGUUAUCAUCAGCAUGUUACUGAGUAUGGUCUUCACUGGAACUUCUUUUUUACUAUUGCAGUUGUCAAGCUUUUGGCUGGAACAUUUCUUCACAGUCUAACUCCAAAAGCUCUUAAAUUUACAUGGCUUUUUGGAAUCAUCGUUUGUUUGUUUCAUCAAGUAAUGCUAAGCCAGUUUGGCUUAAAGAAAUUAGUUGAAAGUGGAAUGAAUAAUGACGGAAAAAGAAAUAACCUGGUUGAUGCAAACAGAGAAGGAAUUGCUUCAUGUCCAGGCUACAUUGGUUUGUUUCUGUUAUCCUGUCAGUUAGGAAAAGAAAUAUUUCAACAAAGGUCAAAAUUUAGACUCUUGAUGCAUCUUGUGAGUGCUAAUAUAUUGUUGUGGCUGGUGACUGCUUUCUGCAUCAACUUCGUUGAUCCUGUUUCAAGAAAGCUUGCAAAUCUAACUUAUGUCACAUGGAUCAUUUCUGUUAAUGUAUUUUUGCUCAUCUGCUUCUUGGGUGUCGAACUUAUCCAAGACUACGUCAUAAGCAAAAUUGGAACCAAAACCAAACCAAGAGUCGCUCACGUUUACGGACUGUCUCCAAGGCGACCUCUUCAUGAGCAGGAAAGUCAAAGUGCCUCACCUCAGAAAGUACCAGAUAUUGGAAAUCUAAGAGAUCCUGUCCUCGUGAAAGCAAUAAACUCUAAUCAGUUGUUUUAUUUUGUUGUUGGAAAUUUGCUGACAGGAAUUGUCAAUAUGUCGAUGAGAACAAUCCAUGCUGAUAACGUAACGGGCAUGGUCGUUUUGAUUUUGUACGCAACUGUUACUAAUGGCCUAGCGAUACUGCUAUACGCUAAGAAUAUCCAAACUAAAUUCUGGUAAAC